AAAAUCCAUGCAGCCAGAGGGAGAACCACACAUGAUUGGUGCAAACCACCGACAAGUCUCCAAACGAAAUGAACCAAGAACACAUUUGAACCUGCCCUCUAACGGACGUAUUACUGCAAAAAAAGAUUUGACAUCAUGAAAAUAGCAUCUUUUAACAUUAAGAAGUUUGGAAAGAAGAAAGUGUCAGACCCUGAUGUCCUCGAAAUCCUGACUAAGAUUGUGUCUCGAUAUGACAUCAUUCUGAUCCUGGAGGUGGUGGACGCCAGCAGAGAGUCCAUAGAAAUCUUCAUGAAAGAACUCAACAAAGUCCACGAGGGAUACACCUAUAACAUCAGUGAUCGUCUGGGCAGUACACGCUACAAGGAGCAGUUCAUGUUCAUCUACAAAAGUGAUGUGGUUACGUUGGUGAACCAUGAGCAGUUUAAUGAAGAGGCAACAACAGGAAAAGAUGUUAUUAACAGAGACCCCUACAUCCUGAAAUUAAGAUGCAGCAAUACAGUUGUGGAGGACCUGGUGAUGAUCCCAGUUCACACCAAACCAAAGGACUCUGUGAAGGAGCUCGAUGAACUAUACGAUGUCGUCAUGUUUGUUAAGACGGACUGGAAUACUGAUAACAUUAUGAUCUUGGGUGACUUCAAUGCAGACGGCUCGUACGUUUCCGACCAUGACAUGAAGACCAUUCGCAUUCGUAAAGACGAGAACUUCCACUGGCUGAUUGGAGAUAACGUCGACACUACAACAAGCACCAAGAACACCAACACCUAUGACAGGAUCGUGGUCUAUGGAGAUGACAUGCUUAAUGCUGUGGAACCAGAAUCUGCAAAAGCCUUCAACUUCAAGGAGGAGUUUAAUCUCGAUGAGAAGCAGGCUCUGAAAGUGAGUGACCAUUAUCCAGUGGAGGUUGAGUUGAAGUCCAUAGUUGAGACAGAUGAAACAAACGCCAAAAAGCCGAAAGGAAAACCCCCCGCCUACGCAUUCUUUGUUGCGGACUUCUAUAAGGAGCACAAGAAGAAGCACCCAGAAGCCAAAGUAAUAUUAACAGAGGUUUCCAAACUGUGCUCAGAAAAAUGGAAGUCCAUGUCACCUGAGGAGAAGGCAAAGUUCAAAGAGAUGGCCAAGAAUGACAAGCGCCGGUAUGACCAGGAGAUGAAGUCCUAUGUACCACCUGCAGGUGCCAAGAAGGGCAAGAAGAAGAAGAAGAAGGACCCCAACGCGCCCAAAAGGCCACCUUCUGCUUUCUUGAUCUUCACCUCUGAACACCGUGAAAAGAUCAAGGCGGAUAACCCGGUGAUCUCCAUCACUGACAUCGCCAAGAAUUUUGGUGAGAUGUGGAAAAAGAUGAGUACCACAGAAAAGGCCCCCUAUGAGGCCAAGUACGCCAAACUGAAGGAAAAAUAUGAGAUGGAAGUGGCUGCCUACAGAGCCAAAGGCGCCAAGAAUGUGGAACCAGCUGACGACGAUGAUGAGGAUGAAGACGAUGAGGAUGAAGAUGAUGAUGACGAGGAUGAAAAUGAUAUUGACGGGAAGAUGGCUAAGUCGUUUCUGUAUUUGAGGAUGUGAAGUUUGUGAUGCGUUUGUUUGUUUAUGUUUGUUUUUGUUUUGGGUUGGACGAGUUCAGCAGUAUAACCUGCUGUCCCUGUCGGUUGACCUCAUUUGAGCUGUACUCUUUUUCUAAUUCAGGGUGUUAGAUUUAUAUUGUUUAUUGUCAUUUAUGCUUAGAAAUAUUUAACCAUAUAUGCUUAGAGGUGUAUAAUCGAUUGUGUAGUGAUAGGAUGUGUGAUCUUUGGCAGUCUGCAUAGGCUUGGUGUGCAUUCCACAGUGUUCUGGCAUUCACACCCACAUUCUGGGAGCAUGGGAGAGGUCAUACCUUCUCUUAUUGUUUUAUGGUAGGAUAAACUGUCUGUAUCUGUUCUAGUCUAAGUGCUUUUUGUUUAGAUGAACUGCUGGACUUCCAAACCAGCAGGGUUAGGGAAGUUAUUUAUGGGGUCACACUCUGACCCCACCCCCCCACACACACACACUUACACAACGCACAGGCAAGGUACUCUUUGUGUGUAUGUAUACGUCGUAUGUUAAUGCACCUAUGCAUAUUCAUGUAACCUCAAUAAAAGAGCAGUGUUACGGGGGAGAAGAUGAGAGCAACUGGGGACAAGCGAAGGAACGGCGUUUGUCAUUCUCUCCCGUGCACGAGAAACAUGAAAAACUUUGCCUACUCGUGUCUUGCUUUGCUGUGUAAUUAAAUUGUCCUUAACGUUCCAGCGAAUAGGUUUAUGCUACAAACCUAUCACAGGGAUUUAGUUUUUGUCACUUAGUCCCCUUUAAGAUUUAUAUUUUAAAAUUUUCUACUGUAAUGAAAUUGUAUAUAUUACCCAUUAAAAAAAACUGACUGUGAAGCUAUGCUUUUAACACGACACAAUUGAAAUAAAUAUUAAAAUCACAAUUUUACAAUUUAUACUAUGUAUUUAUUGGGACAACAAAAUCCACAAGAUAAGAGUUACUUUAAAGGAGAUGGAAAUAUUGGAAAAGUGAUUUCAUACAAUAGCGUUAACACAUCUGUUCUCAGGCUCAGCAUUACUUAUAAUUGUUAGCUAGAGUCUAACUCAUGGUUUAAUAAACAGGGUUGUAGCUUUCAAAGACUGUAUAGAUGAAAGACGGAAGGUGUGCCACUGUGACAUCAUCCACUGAUUUGCAAAGUGCUAUUGCCUACCACUUUCACCAAAGUCACAAGUACGCGGUAGAUCUUAACAUGAAAUCGAGUGAUCUAGCGUAGCUUUUUCACAUUAAUGGAGAACAUAAUUUACAAAAUAAACAUAUCGUGUUCAGUGAAACUUGAAACUACCAAUUGCGGCCAUGAACUCAUUAAAGUAUUUACUAAGGUCAAAAAGGAAAAGCAGUGAGCGCUUUCCUUUAUAAUCCUUUACAAUCACUACUCUUUCUGCCACCCCCUGCUGGCUAUUAGACCUGUCUCCAGACAUGUCUGCACUGGCUUCACUUUUCAGACUGAAGCAACAUCUUUUAUAUACAUACUUUGAGAGCAGUUUCUAUUGCUGAAUGAGAAAUAUUGAGUUGAAAAAAAUGCUACAAGCAUGUAUGUGCCUUUUUGUUUAAUCUGUAUGUAACUACAACACUUCAGUUGUCUCUUCAGUCCUAAAGUGCUGUUGUUUAAUUUAAUAAAACCAGAAACA